CCUCUCCCUCACCAUCUCGGCUUAAGAAAUUGAAAGAGAGGGAUAGCUUGGACAUUUCAGAUUACUUGCAAACUAAUAUAUUCAGACAAUAAUCAUGAUUGUGUGUUACAUGUAAAAGGAUAAUGAGUUGGGAAUUCCCAAGUUCCCAACAGACACAAUAAUGGAACUAUAUAUAUUGUUGUUUACAUACAGAGGCAGAACUGGAACUUCCAUUUCUUCAGGUUUUAAGAAACAAUAGGGAAAGAGGAAGAGAAGUGAUCAGAGAUGGAUUGCUCUGUUUGCACAACAAUGCCAUUGAUAUUAAGGCCACCCAGGAAUACCAUAUGUGGGGCUUGCUAUGAAGGAGCCAGAAGCAUUCUCAAUAUGAUGAACAAGAUUGAAUCUGAUAAAACCAUGGACAGUCCUAAUGCUUCUCCUGCUUCACCCUCCCAUAAUUCGUGUAAGUCACUUUCGACAUUUAAAAGAUGGUACGCACAGCAGUUAGAUCAGAUGAAUGAACAUAAACAUCAAGCAGCCUUCCUUGAAAGUUUUGUUGAUGCAUUCAGAGCACAAAUCCACACUGAUAUAACGGUCACUCCUGGCAAUCAUGGGUCUCCGAUACCUUCCCAUAAAGCCGUUUUGGCGACAAGGUCAGAGGUUUUCAAGAACAUGUUGGACUCAGAUGAAUGUAAAGCUGCACCUACUAACAACAUUACAAUACCCGAAUUGAACUGUGAAGAGCUAGAGAGUCUUCUGGAGUUUCUUUACAGAGGGAGCUUGGGUCCAGAAAAAUUGGAGCAGCAUGUAUUUGCCUUGUCACUCGCAGCUGAUAAAUAUGGGAUCGCUUAUUUACAGAAGCAAUGCGAGCAGUACAUGCUGAAUUCACUAAGCAUCUCUAAUGCGCUUGAUGUGUUGGAGAUUGCAGACACUUGUUCCAACCAGAAGUUGAAGGACACCACUAUGAAGUUCUUAGUUGAAAACAUUCAGGAGAUAGUUUUGUCCUUGCAAUAUGAAGCAUUUGUGCACAGAAGCCCUCAUCUAACCGUGCAACUUUCCAGGGAAUCGUUGAAGGUUGCCAAUAAUAUCAAAUGAUGAUCGUCUAAGUUCAUCACACUUCCAUCAUAAUUCGUUUGUUGUGUCUUUUUUCUUUUUUGAAAAAAAUCUUGUUCAAUCAACAAGAACUGUAUGGAAGGGUUCUUACUGCUUUGGAUAAUGUUUACCCCUUCACUGAAAAAUGCCCAAGCUAUGUGAAUAAAAUGAAGGUAUGUUGCUUUCUGUACUA